UCUCAUAAUAACGUGAUCACUGCUGCCUCUUCCCAUAUUCAGUCUCUCUCUUUCUCUCUCUCUCACUCUUGAGUUACAUCGAUGUAACCAUGCCUCUGAGGAGGCUUUUAGAAGUAGAAGCCCCUGGGCCUAUGAGAUACAUAAUUGGGGCCAUAAUAAUGAUGGUGGGGGUGGUCUUACCAGUCGGAUACAUGAUGUUCAGGAACAAGCGUGUCCCCAAUUCCUCUACUUAUGCAAAGCAGACGUAGGAGUAAAACGAUGAUAUAGAGGCUGCUAGGAGAAUCUGAUUGGUUGUUCUCAUUUGCUGUUGGAAGGACUGUAAGGUUGGCUGAUAAUGAGUGAUUAGACAACAUGGCCAUCACUCACUUGUCUGGAUUCAGUUUCUAAUGAAAUUCCAUUCUGAAACUUGUUAAUCACCUUAAUUGUUCAUACCUAAAGAUCCUUGCUAUUUACACAAUCAAAUGUUUAUAGAGUUAUUCUUUAUGGUGUAUGGACAAUGCAGUUUUAUUUCGUUUAGUUAACAAAUCAUAUAACAUUUUUUAUU